AUGGCAACAACAACAGCAGCAGCAGCAGCAUCCAGCCCGAAUGGGUUAGGCCAUUCCAAUAGCAGUAAUGGCAACAGUCACUGUGCCACCAAUGGAUCUACUAGUUUUGGAAUAACAUCACAUUCACCACUUGUAACACCAACAACACCUAACAAUACACAACAUCCUCAAUCACAACAGCAACAACCAACUCACAAUCUACAGCGACAGCUUCUGCAACUGAAGCUACAACAACAGCUGCAACAACUACCUACUCUUGACUCAACCCCACGAUCCUCUCACUCCAAUACUCCUCCUUCGUUGCCAUCAAUACCACAAACGCUGUCACAACUGAACAAUAGCUCCAUCACAAACAAUAACACACCACGUCAUUUGCAUAUACAGCCACAUCAAUCUCAAUCACUACCGUUGCACUAUGAUCAAUACACUUCUAAUACUACCACCAACGACAAUAACAAUAACAAUAACACCUCCAAAAAUAGUCACUUUUUGCUGCCAAGUAGUCCAUACCAUUCAAUCUCAAAAAAUGGCUAUGGCACUACCACCACCUCCAGUACCAUCUCAACCCCUAGGUCAGGUUCACUACUGGGUCCAUCAACUCCUUCGUUUAAAUUGAACUCACCAUCUCCAACUACAUCUACAUUUGCCACUAGUUUCCCAUCAACAAUUUCUCAACAAUCGGCUGCAAAUUUGAACCCUCAGGAUUAUGAUUUUAUUUUUGACGUUCGUCCUUUCAAUCUAUACUCCAAAAGUAGGAUUAUUAAAUCGACUAAUUUGUGUUUACCAACAACAUUGCUUAAACGUAAUUCGAUGAGUUUAAUAGAUUUGAUUAACAUGGUUGAUUUGUCGUCUGAAUUGAAGGAUGUAUUCACGAAACAUUUACAAAAGGACCAUCUGGAUGAGUUGACCAAACUUUCGAUUUUGGUUUAUGAUCAAUGUUCGUCCAACGAGGCAAUUACAUUCCCCUUGUAUCAGACAAUUUCAAAAUUUGAAAAAUACCAUGACAAGUUCAAUAUUUAUUAUCUCAAUGGUGGAUUUUCUGGUGCUUUAAUACAAAAUACUGGAGUUAUCGAAACCUGUCCACUCAGCUCGAAUGGAGGUAGUAGUGAUGGUGCUAAUGGCUCUGGCUCUAAUGGGCAUCGCAAAACUAAAAGCCUAUCAGGGUUUACAUUACCUUCAGCAACCAAUUUCAAGACUAAAUUUGUUCAAUCUAUCAAAAAGAAUAACGAUUAUGAUGUGAAAAAGGGUUGUGAUUCGAAUAAAGAGUUUUUCAGUGAUUUAUCAAAUGGAUCAGUUAAUGGUGCUACAAACGGCAAUAAGUCUGACCCCUCUUACAAGUACAAACUAAGGGACAUUCCCCCCGAUUUAUCACUCCCCAAGUGGUUGCAAUUUAUGAAGCAAGACUCAAACGAUGAAAGUCUACAAUAUAUGAUCACCAAGUUUAACAAGAUUGAAGAAAUUGAAAAAAGUCGAUUAAAUAAAAUGGCUUCGAAUUUUAAAUCACCUUAUACUGCCAAUGUUCAAGGACAAGAUAAAAUCUUUUCCCCGUGUUGUCCUGAUUGUUCUACUAUUGAUUUUCAAUUACCACAAGGGAUUGAAUUUGGCUACAAGAAUAGGUUUAAUAAUGUAUGGCCUUAUGAACAUUCACGAGUGAAAUUGGGCCAAGCAAAGAAGGAGUUACUGAGUGGAAAGCAUAAAACUGAGGGGGGCGCGACUAAGGACGAAAAGCAAGCAAAGGAGGAAAAUGAUACCAAAGAGCACAACGGUAGUGAGCACCACCAUUAUCAUCACCCAAGCCGUCACUACCAAAAGGAUGACUAUUUUAAUGGAAAUUAUAUCAACACUAGCACUUUAAUAAGUAAUGACAUCACCUACAUUGCCACUCAAAACCCCUUGUCGUCAACAAUUGAUGACUUCUGGUCUACAAUUGAGCUUGAAGAUGUACAAAUUAUCAUCAAUUUGGAAACUAAGCCAAUUCAAUAUUUCAACCACCCUAAAAUCAAAACCAUUGAAGUUAUCGACACUCCAUAUCCGGAUUUUAAAUUACGCUUAAUCAAUAAUCAUAUUUAUCAUCUUCAUUAUUUAUCAUGGCCGGAUUUUGGAAUUCCACAAUCUUUCAAAUCCAUAUUAGAUAUGAUCAGAUACAAGAAUCAAUUAACUUUAGAUAAACAUUUGAAUAACAGGUUGUUGGUUCAUUGUACUGCUGGAUGUGGAAGAACUGGAGUUUUCAUAACCAUUGAUUCAUUAAUGCAAGCUUGGAAAAACCUGGGACUGAAAGUAAUGGAACUGGAUAUUGAUUUGGUUUAUAAAUUGGUUCAACAUCAACGAAGACAACGGGUUGGAAUGGUGCAAAAUUUAGAUCAAUUUAUCAUAAUUUAUGAAAUAUUCAUAGAGUAUUUAAUCAAUAACAAGUAA